CGUAUCCGUACAUACACCAAGCCUGCCCGUGCCAUUGCCUUAUGCUGGGAUCCCCAUGGUCCUCCACGCGGAGCACUCAUAACUCUCAACCUUAAUGAUCUCUCCUACGACGCUUUUCCUAUACUACCACACAUAAGCCACCCCACUACCUGAACGGAUGCUAUUCACCGGUGUUCGUGCACAAUGUCGGUCGGACUCUCUGGCAACGCGCAUACCGCUCUAGAUGAAGAAGCAAGGGCUGAGGUUGACGUCCUCAAUUCGCGGCUCGAAAAGACGACGCAAUUGACCAAGAAGAUUCAAUCGUGCCUCAACCGACUCGAGUCGACAGGGAAGAGUGUCCAAGAUGUUGCAGGACCUCUGAACGGAGAGACCAGGCGACUGCAAAUAUUGGGAAAUAACGUUGAUUCAGUCCUGGCCGCCAUUGACCGAUUGCGCCAACCUGCAGAUAGCAAGAAUGACGAAGAGCAGAUCAUUCGAGUCGGCCCCGAGAAGGCCGGUCUCUCCAAUUACCUGGCUUCUAUCAAACGUCUAGGCAAGGCCUUGAACGAGAUGAAAGCCUCCAACUUGCGCGCCAACCAACAAACGAUGGCCGAUCUAACACGACUCAUCAAGUCAGGCAAUAGUCAGCUGGAGUCCCAUUUCGAAACAUUGCUGCGCGCAGAGACUCCUCGAUCCGUCGAGCCGUUGCACUUUAUCACAAAAGACAAGCCUUUCCCAACACUACCUCAGGACAAAAUAGCCCGGCUCGGUCUGGUCUAUUCAUAUGUCAUCGAGAGUCACCACAACGGAUCCUCUGAGCUCGCCCAUAUAUAUGCAGAGGUACGCGGCCCAUACCUCUCAACAUCCUUGGCCAACCUUGCUGCCGCAAGUGUCAACACCGCCAAGAAGAAGAGCCCAGAUGCUGUCUACCGUGCGGGGACCAACGGAAUAGGGACCUACUCGCAAGCUAUGGAGGGCCUUUUUGUCUCCGAAUACGACAAUGUGUGCAGUGUCUUCUCGCGUGAGGAUUGGGGUGUGGUCUUCCAGUCAACUUGCCAGGCAGCGAUGGCUGAGCUUGCCCGAACGUUGCGUGAACUCAAUGCUCAUAUCAAAAAUCACCUCAACACCGACUGUUAUCUGGCAUAUGAAAUCACCGAGAUCAUCUCGGCUCUUUCAGGCAAGCUCGAAACACGCACCGGAGAAUUGAAAGGAGCACUCGCUGCAGCCCUGAAGCCUGUUCGAGAGACCGCCAAGUCGUCCCUUGCGGAGCUCCUUGACGAGACCAGGCGCAAGAUCAGCAUGCUACAGAUGUUACCCUCAGAUGGCGCUCCAAUAUCCCUCGUCUCGGAGACAAUGCAGCGCCUUCAGACGAUGGUACACUUUCUACGCCCCAUCUCGAGCAUAAUGAUAUCAUUAGGGGAUGGCGGAUGGAACUCCAACGCGGCGGCUAGCGGACGCUCGACCGAUGCAAUUCCCAGUCUAGCAUCGUUCGAUAUAGGAGCGGAUGGUAAAGAGAUCUUUUCGCAUUACUGCACUGAUACUAUCGAAAUGCUCCUCUCUGGUUUGGACCAGAAGUCACGCGUGCUCAUGAAGAGCAGAGCUGUUGCUGGAGUAUUUCUGGCCAAUAGCGUUGUCAUCAUUGGAAGAAUGGUUCAGAACUCGGAACUUAGCGGGCUGCUGGAGAACAAACUUGACAUUCUCGAGCAAUGGCGCAAAAAGGCAACGGCAGCUUAUACGGAUGUUUGCAAAGACCUUUCCGUCCACCUGUUCGACACUGUACAUACCAAUCGUGCGCAUCGUCCAACUUCUGGACCUGUCGACUCUACUUCGAUCGUCAAGGGGCUGGGAAGCAAAGACAAAGACAGGAUCAAAGAGAAGUUCACGCAAUUCAACAGCGCAUUUGACGACAUGGUUUCUCGACACAAAUCGUACAGCAUGGAGCGGGAAGUCCGGCGAAUGUUUGGGGAGGACAUUCGCCAGAAAUUGCAGCCUCUCUACGAGCGGUUUUGGGACCGGUAUCACGAAAUCGACAAGGGCAAAGGCAAGUACGUCAAAUAUGAUAAGACUUCCAUCGCCGCUGUGUUUUCCAGUUUGGCUUCCUGAGCAUAGGGCAAAGGGGGUAAUUAUGAGCCUGAACCUUUAGGCACUAUGGACGAGGACACGCUGAUGAGAAAUGGAACGACGUGUGCUGCUAGCCGACCUAUAGCAGCAGUUCCGCUCUUGGUUCCAGGAUGUUUAUCCCAGAUGAUUAUCAUCAAUAUCUUGUCACCAUCUUGAUUCACCCAACCAACCGGUUUCCCCGAUCUUGCCCGAGGCACAGUGUAUGAAGCCUGAAGGAUUUAUUCACCUGCUAUUCCAUCUCCCCCCUCAUUUACUGCCAUGCUCAAUCCAAUUUCAAGUCCUGGCGAUCCUCAAAGAUGCUGGGCAGCCACGCGAAUCAGGAGUCGAGCAAAAGUAAUUUGAGAACAGCAGCGCAGCCAAAAACAUUGUUUGGUCCUCUGGCCCGUUUAUUGAGGCUACAGAGGCGACUGGCGAGUUGCAGAGUCAUCAGGAGGGACACCUGGGACAUGUGCCGCAGUAGUCGUGAGUUCCGAGAUCGUUUGCUUUGCAACAGGCAGUACAGCAACUGUUGACAGGCAACUGAGAUUCGACAACGGCCAUGGUGAAGGUGCUGAGAAAGUAAUUGAGAGUUUUGUGUAGGUCACUUGGCUCGUGUGGGGAGGACGAUGUUAUUCAAGUUGAGAUGGAGUGCUUUUUGCUUCAAAGGCCUGAAGGAGAACCGAUCAACGGUUCCGGAAGCUUUAUACUCUAUCCAUCCUCAAGGGUCUGAGCCAGCAAUGCCACGAUGGUGUUAUCCGUGGACCCGAAAGUGAGGCUGAUGCGAUUUCAAUUCGAGUCGAGGUGGUCUUCGUAUGUGGGAGGGACCGGAGAUAUGUGCAGGGGGGCUUUACUGCCUUCUUUCUACGGAUGGAUUGAAACAUGAAACAGUCCCACCCCCCACGUACCUAGCGCGUCAUCAUGCAAGGUUUUAUACUUCCUUCACCACAUGCCACGGCGAGAAUGAGAGCAGCCCUUCAACUGCCAGCCAUAGAGGUCAUCGUCAUCAUGCAUGUGAUGCAACUGUUAGUCCAAUCUCCUGGAAUUUGGCGCCACGCCAGUUGGGACUUGAAUCCUAGUUCCCAGCAGAUGGCAGCUGUCAUCUGGUAACCAAGCCUUUUGGAGAGCCCAUAAGUGGGCUGGCAUUUUCACUCUCGUCGUCCAAUAUCUUGCAUUUCCUCCAUGUCUUGGGCCUCGGAGACUCCCGCAUUGUAAAUUACCUGGCCUCGCAAAGGCGAUGCUGGGGCUUAUUCUGGAGGUUAUUGGGUGAUAGCAACCGAUUGUCGCACACUUCCCCAUGAUACUUAAUGCUAUCCCUGACAAUGACAGGAUACCACUCUCGGGCCUCGCUCGGGUCUUACCAUGCAGUGGUGCCCGAAACCAGAUACGAGCAAGUUGUUUGUCGCCAUUCGACACAACAUGUAUAUACAUAAUCUAAUAAGUAAUUUACUUAAUCUAGCACAUGCACAUGCAUCAUAUCCAUCUGUCUCGCAGCUGCGCAACGCGGCACACCGAAUUUACUUCACACGCGCUAGCCUGCUUCUCUGUCAGACCAGAUCCAUGUUCCUGUGUCGAUCUCUGCUGUGAUUUGAGGGCCCUUAAUUCGAUUAUGACAAGUCAUGUACAGACUUCACCUAUCAAUCUUGACACCACUGCCAAAGAUCUCGUCAAUCCGCGUCCGUCGCUCCCACACAAUGACAUUGUCCUCCCUCCGUUUGAAGUAGAGUAUGCGGUGCUGCGGGAUAAACUCCUCAUCAGUCUGUUCCGUCUUCCAAUGUUCCACUGCCCUCUCACGAGCUCCGAGAAAGCGGUCUUCGUAGCCAAUGAUGUAGUCGCCUGAAUCGAAAUUGGGGUCCCAGCGAAGCCGAUUGAGCACAUCAGCAGCUGUGCGAAACUUGCCCAGCCCUGGUGUCUUGCCCACAACCGCAGCUCUGGACCCAGGCCCUGUGCUCUUAUGCCCUUUUGAUUCCUCCUCAGCAUCGUCGAAAUCUUCCUCUUCGUCGAGCUCUUCAUCGGAUUCGUCAUCAUCUGUCUCGCCCCCAUAUUCUCCCCAUAGACUCUGAUCAACUUCCAAUGUACCAAGAUCAUGAGCCCUUGCGACAGUUGCACUCAUCCAACAGAACUGAGAGUCAUAGUACUUCUCGUCUCGGCGAAUCCUCGCUUCAAAGUCUUGCAGUACUGUCUGCAUGGCCAUACCCACCUCCUUAGCAUCUUCUUUGUUUGAGUCAUCGUCCCAUGCAAGGCCAAUGAGGUAACAACCAUGAUAUUCUGCGCCAG